AUGAGUGGGAAUUCAAGGCUGAACAUUGGAUUCUUUAAAAGGUUAAAACCUCAGGUUUAUAGUGAUUCUCAGUCAUAUAAUAGUGAAAUUGUAUUGAUAUCAAUCAAUCCUGUGGGAAAUAACGUAGUAAAUUCACGAACUGAUGGAAGUUUAAGGAUUUGGAGAUCUUCAAGUGAUCGAUUAACUGAAGCCAAAACUAUCGAUAAACCUCAUGAAAGACCAGUUGAAAGUGUAUCAUGGAAUCCCAAGACAGAAUAUACUUUUGCAACUGUUGGGAAAGAUAAAAACAUCAAAAUUUGGAGAGCAAUUGCUUCAACUCCUGAUAAAAUCAUUACAGUACAAAAGAAUGAUAACACCCCAGUGAUAUUGAAAUUAGUGAAGUAUUCAGCUAACGGUGAUUUGUUGGCUGUGGUGGAUAAAGAUUCAACAGUGGUUAUCUAUUCCACUAAAGAUUAUAAGAAACUUUGUGAAAUCAAAUUACAUGAAUAUAUCUAUUCUUUUGAAUGGUUUAAUUCGGGUGAUUUAUUCAUUGUAGGAUUCCACGAUGGAAGUUCUCAUAUUUAUAAGUACUAUAAUGAAGAAAUCAUAUUGAAAAAACAACUAUUGGGUCAUAAAUCAUCCAUUACAAGUACAGUCAUCGAUCCUCGUGGAACAUAUAUAUUUAUUGGAUCAAAUGAAGGUGUAGCAUCAUUAUGGUCAACUUCCACAUUAUUACCAGAAAAAGUCAUCACAGAUGUUGAUGAAUCAAUAUCUUGUGUAGCAUGUAGUAGAGAUGGUACUUAUGUAGGAGUUUGUUAUGAUGGAGAUAUACCAUUAAAGAUAUAUGAUUCCUCAAGUACUGAAAUGAUGUUGGAAAUAUCCAAUGCCAAACCAGGUAAGCAAGUAGCUCCAUCAAUUCAAUGGUUCCCCAAUAAAACUGCAUUCAUAUAUACCAGUGAUGAUUGUAAAACCAUGACAUAUAUGAUAAAAUCCGAUUAA